AUGAAUGAGCAUGAUCUUGAAGAAAUUCCCUCCUUUUCCUACCUGAGACAUCUGCUGGUGUUCAUGUUUGCCAUAGAGGAAAUAAAUAAUAGAUCAGACUUGUUACCAAAUGUCACACUGGGAUUCCAGAUUCAUGACACCUGCAGUAGAGAAUAUAAAGCUCUGCAGAGUGCGAUGAAUAUACUAUCGGGGCUGAAGAAUGCCGUUCCAAACUACGAUUGCUAUGAGAAGAGGAAAGUGGUCGGGUUUAUAGGUCACAGGCUUACUGCUCCUUCCAUCUCAUUGGCUACACUGACCGGAGUCUACCACUAUCCUCAGAUUAACAGAUACCUGAGGAAAGUGCGAUUUACUACCACAGGAGGAGAGGAAAUCCGCUUUGAUAAAGGAGAUACUCCAGCAAAGUUUGAUUUAUUAAAUGUCAUCUUUCUGCCCAAUAAAACUUUGGUGAAAACCAAGGUGGGACAUUUCCAUGAUAAUGGAGGGGAUCACCGAUAUGAAAUUGACAGCAACGCCAUUCAGUGGACACCCCACUUUGUUCAGACCCCCCGCUCGGUGUGCGCUGAGAGCUGUCUCCCUGGAUAUCAAACACUGCGUAACAGAAGAGAACAACAUUGCUGUCACCACUGUGCCCUGUGUCCAGAAGGCGAGAUCUCCAACACAACUGAUAUGGAAAAAUGUUUGAAGUGUCCUGAGCAUCAGUGGUCAAAUGUCAGAAGAGACGCCUGUAUAGAGAGAAUAGCCGAGUUCCUGUCUUAUGGAGAGAUAUUAGGAGCAUCUCUUCUUUCCAUCUCUCUAUUAUUCUGUUGUCUUACUGCUGUAAUCUUGGGCACAUUUAUCAUAUACAGAAAAACUGUUGUGGUGAGAGCCAAUAACCAGAACCUCAGCUUCAUCCUCCUCCUCUCACUCAUCUUAGCCUUCUUGUGUCCUCUACUAUUUAUUGGAUACCCCACAGAGAUGUCCUGUCUCCUCAGACAAGUGGCUUUUGGGAACAUUUUUACUCUUGCUCUCUCUUCACUUUUGGCCAAAACCGUCACCGUUGUCCUCGCCUUCAGAGCCACCAAACCCGACCAGAAGUUGAUGAGGUGGCUGACCAAACAUUCAUCGAGAUCGCUACUUGCCAUCUGCUCCUUUGGGGAGGCUGUGAUCUGUGCCCUCUGGCUAGGCUUAUCUCCACCAUUCCCAGAUCAUGACACCCAGGCAGAGGUUGGGAAGAUGAUAUUACAGUGUAAUGAAGGUUCUGUCGCUGCGUUCUACAUUGUGAUUGGCUACAUGGGAGGUCUGGCUGCCUUAUGCUCUUUUGUGGCAUCUUUAGCCAGGAAGCUGCCAGAUACAUUCAAUGAGGCUCAGUACAUCACAUUCAGCAUGGCGGUCUUCUGCAGUGUCUGGGUCGCCUUCAUCCCAGCCUACCUCAGUUCCAAGGGGAAAUACAUGGUGGCUUUUGAGGUAUUUGCCAUUUUGGCUUCCAGUGCUGGACUCCUGGGCUGCAUCUUCAUCCCUAAAUGUUACAUUAUUCUUAUCAGACCAGAUUUGAAUGUCAGGGCCAAUUUAAUCUCAAGUAGAAGUAGAAAACAUUUUAGCAUAAACCCAAAACUGAAAAGAUAG